UCCAGCGGUGGUGGAGAGAUCAGAGUGACGCCGUCCAGAGUAUAGUCAAGCAGCUAGUCACCUCGGGUCAAUUAGAAUUCAUAAAUGGGGGAAUGUGUAUGCAUGAUGAGGCUGCAACGCAUUAUAUCGAUAUGAUAGAUCAGACGACUCUAGGGCAUCGCUUUAUUAAAAAGGAAUUUGACAUGACUCCAAGAAUUGGUUGGCAAAUUGACCCCUUUGGGCAUUCGGCAGUCCAGGCUUAUUUGUUGGGAGCAGAAGCGGGAUUCGACUCACUUUUCUUUGGUCGAAUAGAUUACCAGGAUAGGGCUAAGCGCAAAAAUGACAAGAGCCUUGAAUUUAUUUGGCAGGGUUCGAAGAGUCUCGGUUCAUCUGCUCAGAUUUUUUCUGGUGCAUUCCCUGAGGCUUAUGAGCCUCCAUCUGGUUUCUAUUUUGAAGUUAAUGAUGAUUCCCCAAUUGUUCAGGAUGACAUCACUUUGUUUGAUUACAAUGUACAUGAUCGUGUUAAUGACUUUGUUGCUACUGCAGUAUCACAGGCUAACAUAACUCGAACGAAUCAUAUAAUGUGGACCAUGGGAACAGAUUUCAUGUAUCAGUAUGCACACACAUGGUUCCGACAAAUGGACAAACUCAUUCACUAUGUCAACAUGGAUGGACGUGUUAAUGCUCUGUAUUCUACUCCAUCCAUAUAUACGGAUGCAAAGUAUGCUACAAAUGAAUCAUGGCCAAUCAAGACCGGUGAUUUCUUUCCUUAUGCAGAUCGUGCAAAUGCAUACUGGACAGGGUACUUCACAAGUAGACCAGCCUUGAAACAUUACGUUAGAACAAUGAGUGGCUAUUAUUUGGCUGCAAGGCAACUAGAAUUUUUUAUAGGAAGGACUGAUUCAGGGCCCAACACAGAUUCAUUGGCAGAUGCCUUGGCAAUUGCUCAACAUCAUGAUGCAGUCACUGGUACAGAGAAGCAGCAUGUUGCCAAUGAUUAUGCAAAAAGAUUGGCCAUAGGCUACACGGAGGCCGAGCAAGUAGUUGCCACGUCACUUGCUCACUUGGUUGAGCCUGCAUCAUACACUGGAUCUGUAAAUCCAACUACGAAGUUUCAACAGUGCCCACUUCUGAAUAUCAGCUAUUGCCCUGCAUCAGAAAUGAAUUUUUCUGAAGCGAAACAAUUGAUUGUCAUGGUGUACAAUUCCCUAGGAUGGAAGAGGGAUGAUGUAAUUCGAAUUCCUAUUAUCAAUGAAGAUGUCACUGUUCAUGAUUCUGAGGGAAGAGAAAUUGAAUCACAGCUUCUCCCACUAGAUGAUGCCCAUGUGGGCUUAAGGAACUACUAUGCUAAGGCAUACUUGGGUCAAACUCCAACAAAGACACCAAACUAUUGGCUUGCGUUUACAGUAUCCGUGCCACCACUCGGUUUCAACACAUACACUAUCUCGCUUUUGGGUAAAGCUCCUCUGAUUCCUCAGAAUGCCGGGGCAUAUAUCUUCCGUCCAAAUGGCACGUUUCUCAUAAAACCUGGAGAAAAGGCUUCUCUGACUGUCGUGCGUGGACCAGUAAUAGAUGAAGUGCAUCAACAAAUUAAUGCAUGGAUAUAUCAGGUCACCAGAAUUCACAAAGAGAAGGAGCAUGUUGAAUUCGAGUUUAUUGUUGGGCCAUUACCUACUGAUGACGGAAUUGGCAAAGAAGUUGUAACUCAACUAGCCACUACCAUGGCUACCAAUAAAACGUUCUACACUGAUUCUAAUGGGCGUGAUUUUAUUGAAAGGAUUUGCGACUAUAGAACAGAUUGGGACCUGAAAGUGCACCAACCUAUAGCCGGAAAUUAUUAUCCAAUUAAUCUUGGGAUAUACAUGCAAGAUAACAGUACAGAAUUUUCGGUUUUGGUGGAUCGAUCUAUAGGAGGGUCCAGCACAGUGGAUGGACAGAUAGAGCUGAUGCUCCACAGGAGACUACUACUUGAUGACUCAAGAGGUGUGGCAGAGGCUCUAAAUGAAACUGUCUGUAUUGACAAUGUUUGCAGUGGACUAAGAAUCCAAGGAAAAUUUUAUUUCAGAAUCGACCCCCUGGGAGAAGGUGCCAAGUGGCGUCGCACUUUUGGUCAGGAGAUAUAUUCCCCUCUUUUACUGGCCUUUUCUGAACAGGAUGGAGAUAACUGGAAGAAUUCUCAUGUAACCACUUUUUCAGGGGUUGGUUCCUCGUACAGUUUACCUAAUAACGUCGCUCUUAUAACUCUUCAGGAGCUUGAUGAUGGAAAAGUUCUCCUUCGAUUAGCACAUUUAUAUGAGAUUGGAGAGGACAGGGAUCUUUCUGUAAUGGCAAAUGUAGAGUUGAAGCAGCUCUUCCCCAGGAAGAAGAUUGGUAAACUUACAGAGAUGAACUUAUCGGCAAAUCAAGAACGGACAGAAAUGGAGAAAAAGAGACUCAAUUGGAAGGUGGAAGAAGGCUCUUCAUCAGAAGCAAAGGUUGCGAGGGGUGGAACUGUUGAUCCUGCAAAACUGGUUGUGGAACUUGCACCAAUGGAAAUCCGAACCUUUCUCGUUGAGUUUAACCAAAGCUUCAAUCAUUAUUCAUUUGAUGCCUAACCGAAUGAGACUGAAAACGUAGAGGAGACUUGAGAGGCCCUUGGCUUCUGGAGUCCUGAGACUUUUUCUGUCAUGUAAAUAGACAUUGAGUUAUGUUUCUAGUGUUGAACGAAACAAGCAGAGGAAAAACGAUAAACGCGUAAAAAUCAGGGAACGAUGUGGUUUAUGAAAUGAGGUUGUACUAAGUAUUGAGUUGAUAAGCUACUAUUAAAUGGCAGCUGCUAUGUGACUUUUGAAA